UUGGAAGAACUCUAUUAGCAAUAAUUGCCCCAUACAGAAAAAACGGUUGAGUGGUCUUAUCAAAACCUACAAAUGUAUGAGAUUGUUCCUAUUAUUCUACUAUAAAUAGUAGACGUCUAUUAGCAAUCACAAUAGAAGAUUUUUAGCGCAGAAAGCUAUCCUGUCUAAGGUGACUUUCUGAACCUUUCGAAUCACGAGAAUGACAUUUCAACACAUUGCCGUCGCCUUGUGGCUCCUCUGUGGGGUUUCUGCUCAGUGCAAUAAAAAUCGGAAUGUGGCCCUUCAAGGUCGAGCAACUCAGUCCACAAUUAUAAACAGUCUACACUAUGGCUUCCUGUCAGACGCAAUAAAUGCCAUCGAUGGGAACCAGGAUCCGCAUUUUGAACACGGUUCCUGCUCCCAUACACAUAAUGAAGUGUCUCCCUGGUGGAGGGUGGACCUGCUGAAAUCUUACAGAAUUUCCCACAUCUCCAUCACUAACAGAAUCAACCAUGGUUACAGACUAAAUGGGGCUGAAAUUCUGGUUGGAAACUCUCUGAGUAACAAUGGAAACAAUAAUCCCAGGUGCGGGGUGAUUACCUCUAUCCCAGAUGGAAAAACACAGACCUACCACUGCCAUGGCAUGGUUGGCAGAUACGUCAAUAUAAUUUUGCGUGGAAAGGCCCAAUUUCUUCAAUUAUGUGAAGUUCAAGUCUGGACCUCUGACAGUGAUUGAGUGGCCCACUUAAAAAGGGCAACAGAUGAUUUAAAUAAUAAAAUGUAAAAUGUAUUGCCUUAUGUGUCAGUAAUCUGAGGGGGCAAAGCAAUUAAUCAAAUAAUCAAAUACUGAUUAAUAAACAAUAUUCAGCAUUA